UUUAGCUUCCUACUAGCAGAUGGCGCAGUAAAUAAAGAUUUAGCAGGCCCAUUUCUGGGUGCUAGGUUUAAUCCAGACAGUCCAUGUCUAUCUGGGACACUGCUGUUGGUUCACAGUGUCGGAAGUUAGAGUUGCAGCAGGACCGUCUCUGGCAGAUUGUGGUGUGUCUGUCUGAAACCCAAACGCAGCGCACCGCACAUCCUAUAGCGCUACCGCAGCAUAUUGCCUCCACGCUACAAUGCUCACUAUCACAUCCACUCUAAUCAAGAGCACCCGUGCUGCCCAGUGCGUGAGGCUGCUACACACUUCUCCUGUCGCCAGAAUGCCGAUACAGGUCGGAGAAAACCUCCCUGCAAUUGAGGUCCAGGAAGGAGAGCCAGGAAACAAGGUGGCUAUGGACCAGCUCUUCAAGGGGAAGAAGGGAGUCCUCUUUGCUGUGCCUGGAGCUUUUACACCGGGUUGUUCCAAGACUCACCUCCCAGGUUUUGUGCAGCAGGCGGCCGACUUGAAGAGUAAAGGCAUACAGGAGGUGGCUUGCAUUUCUGUUAAUGAUGCAUUUGUCAUGGCUGCCUGGGGAAAGGAGCACGGGACAGAUGGCAAGGUGCGAAUGCUGGCUGAUCCUACUGGAGCUUUUACAAAGGCUGUUGACCUGUUACUUGACAGUGAUCAGAUUGUGCAAGCUCUCGGAAACAAGCGAUCCAAGAGAUAUGCCAUGUUGGUGGAAGAUGGAGUUGUGAAGAAGGUCAAUGUUGAGCCUGAUGGCACUGGGCUGACUUGCAGCCUGGCUUCUAAUAUUCUGUCUGAUCUGUAGGCCUAUUUAGAUCAUCAUAACCCAAACUGUAGGCACAGUUUCUGUAAAAGUUGCACUUACCAAGCCCACUACCAAACCUCUUCAACCUGUCUCGCUCCCCAAUGAUGGAUGAAAAUGUCAAACACAGCCAGAAGGUUAUUAAUGCGCACAACUAAGACUUGAAAGGCGAUCAAAAGUAAAGACCACGAUCCUCUGUAAACUGUUACUCCUGAGAGAAUAAAGUUACCCCUGAAAGCAAUAA